CAACAGUCAUUUCCAGAACUCCGAAGGUACAAAGAACCCGCUGACCAUCCUUGCCUUUCUACGGCGGCAGCUUUUCGCUCAGCUACUGCACUUGAUGUACUACUUAUCUGGACAAUGCAAAGCGCUUUACUGCAUGGCUAUUCACUCCACAGCAUCUCCUCUACCAAGGCCGGAACGCCAAAGCGUCUCCGCAGCAGAAUAGCUCUAAUGUUCGCCACCGCUUAUUCGUGCUAACUGGUACUUGGUGCUAAAUACUCAGUUCAUGUGGCCUUCUUAAGACGCCUUUUUUUCAUUCUUGUCAUCUGUGUUCUUGCCUGCGACGCUAAAAACGAAGAUGGCUCCCCAGGCGUCUCAAGGGACGUCGAGCCCAUCAGCAUCCUCUAUCUUUCUCCCUCUCGGUCGACGCAGCUCCCGAGCCUCUUUGUCAACUCAGGCAGAACGCGACAGCUUGAAUGCUGCUCUUGACCAAAUACACACAGCAGCCUAUCAGUCAGAUGCCCUCACCGUAUUCAACGACUUCGCAAGCCCACCCGCCCCCGCAUCGGCCGUGGACGAUAAGAGUAUAUCCGAUGAGAUCCAGGGCGGUUUAAGUGGGCUAUACAGUCGGUUACGGACAUCGGUUGGGGGGAUGAGGGAUAUGGUAAGCGGCGUAGGAAAGUCAGCAGAGGACUCGAGGCGCUCUCAGUCGGAUCGCCUUACCAUGAAACGCUCUCCAGAGUCCAUGUCCGUUGAAACCCAGCAGUAUCAAGGUUCGCCUUUGCCCUCUACACUUAAUUCCCCAACCUCCAUAGGCCACCCAUCUACCCAUGAUGGUCCUUUGGCUUCCGGGGCAGCCAAGUCCUCCAAGGUUUCCUCCAAGGCUGGAAGUAUAUCGUCCAAGGCCUCGGUAGCUCCUUCGGCGACUACAAGACCUCACAACGUCGCAUUACCCAACCCACCCGGUAACUCUGGAGCUGCGGACCCGACGGUUACCGAAGUUCAUGUCAACGCGAUCAAAGAAUCUGCCCGGGCCAUGAAUGACACGCCUAUCGCCCACUCCUUGCACGACACCCAAAUACUGGACUCGAGCGGUACUGACAAUGAUGAUUAUCCACGAACAACGUCUUUGAGCUCUUCAGGAUGGAGCCAGCAGCGGGCGAACUCUCCAGUUUUACAAGCGAAAGGGCAUAACUCGUAUGAAGGUUCGGUGAUAGUGGAUUCUGGUAGUACUCAUAGUGGAAGUCAAGCUCGAGAUAACUCGAAAAGGCCUGAUGGACGAACCAGCCGUGAGGCCGAAACAAGUCUUCCCUCCUCAAUACGAAAGAAUAAGCUAUCGAUUGAUGGGGCGCAGGAUGGCCCUCUUCUCCCGGACCGAACAAGAUCUGAUUCUUCCCUGUCACGUCCACCCGAUACAUCUGCCACUGCGCCAGUCUCUGGGACGGGUAGCAUCAAUCAAUUUGCUAGUGGGGAUGAUAGUGCAUACGCAGAAGGUCGUACACCUUCUACAAUAGCCACGUCUGUGUCUUUCAUGGACGGAGAAGCUCAGUCAAAGGAAUCACUCAAUCCGGGUGCCCAGAAUGAUAGCAAAGAAAGGCCGCAGAUUACUCGCUCCGGUCGCCUACCUGGCUAUCCGACGUCACAAAUUUCAUCAGUUAAUACUGCCAUGGGAUCGCCAACUAUUAUCACCCCUAUCAACACGAAUCUUGAGAGAAUGCCAUUUCGAAAUGCGCAAAGUCGUCCUCCGAAUGCGGGUGACGGUGUCGUAACACAGCUCAGAAGUAGAUUGCUAAGUAAGGACUUCUGGAUGCGCGAUGAAAAUGCAAAAGACUGUUUUCAUUGUGGCGAGCCAUUCUCGACAUUUCGGCGCAAACACCACUGUCGCACCUGCGGCCAAAUAUUCGACUCGAGAUGUACACUGCUCAUUCCAGGUGAUAAAUUCGGCCAGCCGGGGACCAUCCGUGUAUGCAAACCCUGCGAGCAUAUGAUCAACGGACAUGAUGAUGAUUCAUCCGACUUUUCAGACAGCGAACAAAGCCCGAUUUUGGUCAAUCCUCGGGUUUCCGAACUCAGUGUCGGAAACUCAUCUCGUAUCGGUGCCGACGAUGACGAUGCGGCAUCUAUCAUUUCCCAGUCCAAUCCAAUGAAGACACCUACAAUGGCGAUUCCAGCCACAAGGCGCGCUGGAGAAGGGCAUAACCACCGCUCAGCUGUUCUUGAGAUUAGCCCGGAUAGGCCUUUGGCUAGGCCCACUUCAUCAAGGUCGUUGAAAUCUACUAUGAGUGGGCGAACUCACUCUAUGGGUCACAAGCGCCAUCACUCACGGCAGCAAGUUAUUCGCAACUUCAAACCUUACCAUGAUGAGCGAGCACCGUUUCAACGCCGCCACGGUGAUGACUCUCCUUUCGAGCCGCGCCUUCCUGCAUUCCACAAAGACAAUAUAAUAGACCCAGACCUCGCCCAAUACCUGUCUGACGAUGCGUCCAGCGGUGAUGAACAACCCAGCUUGCUAGCGGCAGUGUCUGAAGGGCCGUUGUCCAAAAAUGGCGGAGAAAAUGAAAGAACAACCCUGGGUGGCUUUUUUGCUUCUAUUAAGAAAGGGCGCGGGGAUCGUAGUACCGCUGGGGGACGUGAUCUGGACGACAACAGCAUAAGCAGCCUUCGAGCGACCAAUCCAGCCCGCUCCUCUCGCCGUCGCAAUCUCAGUGUCGCAAGUAGCAUCCACCGCCACUCACCACGUACUUCGAAAGAAGGCAUCUUCAAUCCAUAUGACCCCCAGAGUUCUGGCUACGCUCUACCUGCCGCGCUGAACUCUAGUGGAUUCAAAAUGACUCGCAGUUCGUCCAUGAGAGGCUCGGGAGCCCCGCCAGUUGAAAUGGGAAAGGCUAGCUUACAGCAUGUUCGCAAGCUCUUGCGACAGCUUCUGGACGAUUCCUCGGUACCAUAUCCUCGAAGUUGGGAGACAGCACUCCUUCCGAUAUUGCUGAAGGCCGCCGACGAAGUGGACCCAGAAGUUCAGGGUGGUGACGAUAUGGAUAUCCGUCACUAUAUUAAGUUAAAAAAGAUACCGGGCGGACUACCCGGCGAUACCUCUUACGUAUCAGGCUUGGUCUUCAGCAAGAAUGUCGCGCUUAAAAAUAUGCCCCGAAGCAUCGCCCAACCGAAAAUUCUUAUCAUUGCCUUUGCUUUGGAAUAUGCUCGCCACCAACAACAGUUCAUGAGUCUGGAGCGUGUUAUUCGACAAGAGCGCGAGUUCCUUGAAAACCUGGUCAGCCGAAUAUCAGCUCUGCGGCCCAAUUUGCUGCUUGUUGAAAAGAAUGUUUCAGGAUUGGCAUUGGAACUACUAGACAACGCAGGAAUCGCAACGGUCUAUAACGUCAAAUCCUCUGUUCUUGAGGCAGUCUCUCGAUGCACGCAGACCCGUGUUAUCACUUCAAUGGAUAAACUUGUGACGACCCCAGUGACUAGCGAAUGUGGUGGCUUUGAUGUGAAAACAUACGUCUACAGAGGCCAACGAAAGACAUACAUAUACAUCUCAGGCUGCAAGAAAGAGCUUGGGUGCACAGUUGUCUUACGUGGGGGUAGUAAUGAUGUACUUGCAAGAGUAAAGAAAAUCACGGAGUUCAUGGCCUAUGUUGUGUAUAAUCUCAGGUUGGAGACCUGUGUUAUGAGGGAUGAAUUCGCCCAAAUACCAAUGUCACCCACAACGGAGAAAAAGCCAGACGACACACCGCACCAACACCCACAGUCCUCGUUGGCUGUGAUGCACGACAGUUCUAGCAUACAAUCACCAAAUCCUGAACAUGAUACUUCGAGCCAGGAUAAACUCGUCUCCAACGAAGUCACAGAUGUACCCGAUGACGUUCCUAUGCCGACUUAUUACGAGGAUAUUGUUCGAGACCAUGAAACGAAACUUCUUUCUGCGUCCCCCUUUGUUAAAUUUGAGCCUCCUCACCUACUUAUGCGCGCCAGGAGCAUGGAACGAAGGCUUGCUUACUUGAAACGCCUUCGAGACCAAAGCCUCAAUGAUGACCAGUCGACCGAUGAGAAGACUAAGAAUCUGAAGUUCAGCCUCAUAACACCGGAAAUGGUUCAUGAGGCACCUAAAGAGGCGUCACCGAAAGUCAAAGAAGUUCUACAAGCCGUUCAUGACGCCGAAUACGACCGAGCACUGCACCAUUAUCAGACUCAGAAGCGCCAAUGGGAGGCCUAUAUCUCUGGAACUGUUGGCCUCUUUGAUCCGUACGCUCAUCAAAAUAUCGUCAUCCUGUUUAGCCUUGUCUGCACUACGACAUCCAUUCCAUGCUCCGGACCGGAUCUUCUUGCUUUAGAGUUUUACAAUGAGCAUGGCGACGAUGCACUAUUCGAACCUGACUGUACGCUUGGACAGUAUGUUGAAGAUAUCUGCCUCAACGCAAAUGCAAUUUGUACCGCCAACGGGUGCGAAAAGCGCAUGUAUGAGCAUCACCGGCAGUAUGUGCAUGGUGAGGCACAAAUUAGCAUUUUUACGCAGCCUUAUCCUUCGAAACUCCGAGGCUUCCAGGAUACAAUCUUGAUGUGGAGCUGCUGCAAAAUAUGCGGCAACGAAACUCAAGUUUUCCCCAUGUCCGACAGCACGUGGAAGUACUCCUUCGGAAAGUACCUUGAACUCUCAUUCUGGAGCAAGAACCUUCAUGCUCGUGCAGGCGUUUGUCCCCAUGACUUGCAACGUGACCACCUCCGCUACUUCGGCUUCAAAGACAUUGCUAUUCGGAUUCAGUAUGAUGCCGUUAAUCUUCUCGAGAUAAUUGUUCCUAGGACAAGAGUUACCUGGAAAGUCGAUAAUGACCUGAGGCUUAAAAACGAUGUCUACCAGAAAAAUGAGCAGCGAAUCACCAAGUUCAUGCUUUCUGUCAAGGCCCGGCUCAAGGUAAUAAAUGUCGAGAGCGUCAUUCCGGACCUAAUGGAAGACUGCAAGAAGGAGAUUGAACGCCUGACGAAGAAGGUCAAUGAAGAUCACACCUUACUGAUUAAAGAGCUGCAAGAGGGGUACAUGGAUUCCCGGUAUUGGGAGGUCAUCCCUUUGAAUAGGGUCAUGAGGGCCGUUCAGGAGAAAGUCGUGGAAUGGGAUACUGCGUUUGCCGAGUUUGAAAAGAAUUUCUUCCCUUCAGAGAAAGAUAUCAGACGACUGGCCACUCUGCAGUUGAAGAAGAUUUUCUUGGACAGGGAUCCUUCAGUCACAUCUCUCACCUCCACUGAUGACCAACCGACGACUCCAUCCGAAACGGAGAACGAGCGAAGCCAAACGCCAGAUGGAGCUCGAAUAGUUCGCCGCAUGACAUUAUCUCCUGAAAAGGCUCAGGACUUUUUGGCGUCUGUUGUCGAGGAGCACUCGGGCGAGAAGAUCAAAGCUCUCUUGCCUGAUGAAAAAGUCGAUGCUGAUGAGAUACGUUCAGCUGCGCCCUCGCCUACUCCAGGAGAUGUACCGGUAUCUACAUCUCCAGACUUGGUCCGAGAGGGCACUGAAGUUGAAAAUGAAUCGGAAACUGCCGAUCUUAGUUCCAAUAAGCCUCAUAUAACUCCAUCGUCAAGCACCGGAGCCACUACAAAACCUGUAUCUGGCUACGGCAAUCCUGAAGCAACACCCGGAGACGGGGAUGCUACGCAGGAAAAGAGCACCAACACGAGUAACAAAAAAAGCAAUGAAGUUGAGCAGGCGCCAAUUAACCCACCGUCCACACCACAACCCGGGUUUUCUUCGAUUCCAAGGCCAUCCGAAGGCUCUUUCCGUCGCAGUGGAAAAGCAUCUUCUCCACCCCUCCUCCGCGCUCGGUCCCAGCCUAUCCAGUCCCUCAAAGAUGCGGCUCAAGACUCAUUGAAGGGGACUAGACUUGGUCCCGGAAAACUGCAACGAUCUAGUGGCACCGCGAGUCCCCCUCUGGAGUUCAAAUCAAAGAAUUCCGAUAAAAGACAGUCGGAUAAGAAGUUGUCAGAGCGAUUUGGUCUUGGCGCAUUCCGAAGUGGACGACUCACACCGGGCCAGUCUUUGAUACCUCGCUCAAUACCUGCGAAGAAAAGUCGCGUAUCAUCUCUAGCGAAACAUUUCGAACAAUUGAGCCGUGAGUUCGAGAAAGAACGGCAGCGAGAGCGAGACCAAAGAGCUGCUAAGGGUAGUCACUCUCGUGCAUACCCGCUUGCUUCUUCGAAACCGAUCGUGGAGGUGUACAAGAAUGUUCGUGAGGCAGUUGAGGAGCGUGAACCUUCUGCCGAGAGUGAUGACCUUCUCUCAUCGAUCCCUCGAGCGUCUGCGGACGAUUCAAGUAGGGGGAGCCAAGAAUCCGCGAGGCUUCCCUCGAUAGAGGAGCAAAAGGAGCACCCCCCGACCUCCAAGCCCUCCACUCCUAAACUGGCACCAGAACAGCAUCAGAGCAUUGACCAUAAUCUGUCCGAGGCCGAGGCUGAGGAGGGGCCUAGUGACGAGGAGCGCACCUCUACGGACGGUCUUAAUAUUACAGAUCCUAAUGAUGAACUAGCUAAGAUAUCACCAGAAGAGGAGACUUUGGAUCUCAAGGAACUCCCCAAACAUGAAAGAAGUACUCUUUUGAAGAUGCUAACCAACUUUUGGUCAGAAAGAUCAGCCAGCGGGUGGGCCCCACUUGAUUACCCUCUCACGAUGUCUGAUCACGUCUUUGCAGACUGCGAUAUAAUAGUGCGUGAGGACGAACCGAGCUCGUUGAUAGCAUUUGCAUUGGACUCGGGUGAUUAUAAAGAAAAGCUGGCGAACAUACAAAGACGUCACGAAGUCUCUGAGAAGUCGCUUGAUUCGGAGAGUGACGCGGAAGACGUGAAUGAAGCGCGAGUAGAGCAUGCUCUUCUACGAUCCACUGGAACUCACCUCAAGUAUCAGUUCCAGGAAGGCCAGGCAAAAAUGCUAUGCAAGGUCUUCUAUGCUGAGCAAUUCGACGCCCUGCGGAAGAAGUGUGGAAUCGCAGAUCGCAUUGUGGAGUCAUUAUCCCGAUGUGCCAAGUGGGAUUCAAAGGGAGGAAAGACCAACUCGCUAUUCCUGAAGACCCUUGAUGACCGGUUCAUUCUUAAGUCAUUGUCGCCCAUCGAGACCCAGGCUUUCUUGAAAUUUGCUCCAGCGUAUUUCCAGAUAAUGUCUGAGGCUUUGUUUCAUGAGCUCCCGUCUGCCAUUGCAAAGAUGUUUGGCUUCUACCAGGUGAUCAUCAAGGAUCCUGCAACAAACACCGAGUUUAACUGGUUCCUCUUGUUGAUGGAGAAUCUAUUUUAUGACCGAGUCCCAACACGAAUCUUUGAUCUCAAGGGAUCGAUGAGGAACCGCAAGGUGCAAAGCACCGGUGAACGCAAUGAGGUUCUUCUGGAUGAGAAUAUGGUUGACUUCAUUUAUGAGACGCCUUUGUUCACACGAGAACAUUCGAAGAAACUUCUGAGCCAAAGCGUAUGGAAUGACACGUUGUUCCUGGGGCGUCAAAAUGUGAUGGAUUAUUCACUAAUGAUCGCCAUUGACGAGAGUCGAUCCGAGUUAGUGGUUGGUGUUAUCGACUGUAUCCGUACGUAUACUUGGGAUAAGAAACUUGAAUCCUGGAUCAAAGACCGCGGAUUCGCCGGUGGAGGCAAGAAUCGACCUACCGUUACCAGUCCGAAAGAAUAUAAAAGUCGAUUUAGAGAGGCCAUGGCUCGCUAUGUGCUUCAAGCACCAAGCUGCUGGCACCAAUUCCAGUCACCGCAAAUACAGCGAUAUGCGCCAGUGGACAUCCAUGGCCACUUGAACCAGAGCAAUACUUUGACGGAUGUGGACGCCAUUGAAGGAGCUGCCGAACACAGCUUCUAACCUGGUGGUAUCUCGUGUAUGAAUACCAAAUGGAUGAGGAUAUGAAUUAUGAUGAGACGCAUAGACAUGAUUUAUGAUCAAUGAGAACAAGUAGGAGAAAAGCCUUGGCUUUCCCGCCAUAUAUGUACAACCAACCAACGUUCAUUACCUUCCAUAUUUGUUUGACCAGGC